UCAGUUGAUAGCGUGAACGGACGUCCAAAUGUAAAAUUGUGAAACUUCUUUACACAGAAGACAAUUGACAAUGCUCCAUUCAUGAUCUGACCGCAGUUGCGUUCUGCUGUUGCUAACAGUGGAGCUGCAUAUGGCAUGACUCACUCAGAUGGAUGUGGAAUGAUGUGAGAGGUGAUUGUUCUAAUGCCGUAGUUCGAAACGCCCAAUGUGAUUAUAACAUUCAAGGAUAAAUCGUAAUGAGUAAGCGGCAGAUCCGAAACUAGUUGUUUCUUGAUUUGUUCGAAAUCAGCUUUAUAAUCGGUAGUCCAAUUAUAUUUACUAUUCUUCUGCGAGAGCGGUGAGUGUUGGGAGGGCUUUCUUCAUAGUGGCUAACUAAUUCUGAUAUGGAUCAUAGUGUGGGUGCAUCCGUCUGUCUGGGCAUUGAUUUCACUACUUGGGCAUUCUCUGGAUCUGGUCUCCUGACAUAUUCGCCGUUUAUAAACAUGACGUAGCGUACAAUGUUUACGCAAAGGUUACAUUUUUCUGCGCGGAGCACGAGUCCACAUUCGGCUAUUGGCGACGGCAUCAGAUCGAGCUUCUUUUCUAAGCUCAUCCUAUGUACUCCUGUGAGUACAAUGUCAUUCAGAUAAGCUGUAGCAAUUGAGACAUCCUGUAGCAUGGUAUCCUUUAUUUUCUGAAAUAUGUAUGUGGCCAUCUUGACUCCGAAAUGUUGCCGAUUAUAUCAGAAUAGUUCCUUGUGUGUAUUUAUGACGUGGAAACCUUUUCACUCGUCAUUGUUCUGACUAUAGCAUUCACAUAGACUCUGCGAUCGCCAGUAUCGCGUUUAAAGUUCUAGCAAAAUAUCUCUAAGACAGAUUAAAUCCUACAGAUCUUCAUGUAAGUGUAGGGGAUUCUGAUGAGCUUCUAGGUCUUCAGUCUUGCUCACUUCCACCAUCGGUCCAUUCCAUUCUGAGCUCAUUGUUUCAAUAACUACCAGCUUUUCGGGUCGUUUGAGUUCCUGUUCAACUACUUGGAGGACAGCAUGUGAUACAGGUCCUUUAAGUCGAAACUAAGGCCUUUAUUCUUAUGGGAGGGUAAGUGUACCUGUGAUUUCAGAAAUACUAGUUUUCGAUGUAAACAUAUACGUAUCGAAACAAAUUGUAUUCUAUUAGACCAAACAUCCUUGAUAGCUAACGAAGAGUUUUUGAGCGACUCGUAUUAAGUUGUAUCAAAACUCGGUUCUUCACCUUAUCUGAGCGACUACAAUUGAAGAAGAAAUAAUCAUGUGUACAAAAUACUUUAAACGGUACAGCCUUUACUGUUACGGGUUUCUUUAGUACAGUCUAACGUGCUAAACAACAAAAGGAAUAUUUGUUAAACAAGCGUUCGACUCCUGUAAAUCAAUAGAAAUAUUCCCGACAAGAUGUUAUCAGGUGCCUAUCCGCACGAAUUCCGGCAACCAUCGCAAACUGACAGUAAAUGAUUAACAGCUAUACACUGUACAGCACAGUGACCUUGUGUUUAGUCAAAUGUGACUGUGUUUUCAACAGCCCAGCAACAUAUGAUAGUAGAAAUAGGUAACAAUUAACAAAAGCUGAAACGACGAAGACCAAAGAACAUAAAUUGAGGUUAAAAGAGAGCUGAAUAUAUGUUGAGAUAUAGGGUAGAGAAAAGACUAAAUGAAUAGCAAUACUGUCCUGUAAAAUGUUGUGAAGUAAUUUUUUGCAUGUUCCUUCCAUUUAAAGUACUGACAAAUCACACUUUCAAGCCAAUUAUCCAGGUUGUAAAUGGCAAAUAUUAUCGGCUUCGUUUGAAAUCCUACAUAAAUUAACCAGCGUCUGUGGCGGCUGAUAAACACAAAUUUUUAUCACUACUAUCUACUGUUCUUAACUAAAUAUUUAUUCAUAACAGCUUUCGCAGUCCACAUCUUUUACGCAUAAGGUUGUAUAGCAUUGAUUCCAACCACACGAUCCUCGAAGUUGAACAUGAUGUAGCUAUGAAGGUUACUACUCAACAUUUGACACGGAGAGAUCAGUGAUACUGAACGCGGAAACAGCUAAUGGAAAUACCAUGAAUUAGUCAUGCAAUCGCAGUCAUAUAACCUCUCGCUUACUGUGUCAAAUGUAUUACUCUUUUCCCAGCUCAAAUUUGUUCUUCAGAAGAGCCAGACCUCAUAUUGCUGACUAACACAGUAGGACGAGUCGGCUCAGAUGGUGAUGUGACUUCCACGUAAGAUCUCAUCGAAUAAUUAUUAUCCAUGUUAUUUCCAAACUGAGGUUUGGACUGAAGAAUAAUUGUUUAGGUGGGUUAGGUACGCGCCCUUGUCCGGUUGAAACAAAAACAAAGUGAUUGGGCAAAAUGAUGGUUCUGGAAUUAAUUACAGAUUUGAAUGUACAUUAUUACUUAAACAAAUAUGACCACCCAGCUACUCAACAAAUAAUUGUUCAAUUGAUCAAAUCUUAAUUACAAUGAAUAAGGAAGUUCAUAAAGGAUGCGAGAAAAUUAACAAUCACAACAAAUAAAUGUUAUUCUAUUCUGUCUGGAUAGAUCACGCACAGACUCGUUUAAACGAUAAUAUUUGGGUUGCUUUAUAACACAGUGUUUCCAAUUCUGGAAGAGUGCCUCAAUUCACAAUCAAAAAUGCACGAUUCCAGUCAGUACAAGCAACACAAUCAAAGGGAGGGACAAACCAAUAUGGCUGCCAUCAAGACCAAGUAUCAAGUAAGACAACAUAAAUGCAGUUCAGGAAGGGACAUGGAAACUUGGUGAAGAUGUAGGAAAAAUAAAAACUAUAAUAAAAUACAAAUAUUACCGACUCGAAUGGCAUCAAAAAGACUAACAAAAUGUACAAGUAAAGGAAUCGAUAGAAAUAAACUUCAGGUGUAUAAAUGGAGGGAUUUCAACACACAAAACAUUCACAAUGGAUCUUACAAUUCACAUCAUGACAUCUACAAUUUCGGGAUUGGGUCUAUUAUUAUGGUAGUAAAGAUAAAUAUACAAAGAUCAAAUCGGACCAUAAUUGAACGAGUUAAUCAGUUCCAACUGUAUGAGCUGGUUUACUCUACAGAAAAGAUUCACAAGAACAGUUGUGACAGGGUUGGUCACGUCGUUGAAGAAUUCCUCUGGAGACCAUCCGUAUGGUUAGUCAGAAAAUCAUUACUACUAAGAGAGAUAGCCUAUGAUGAAGAAUGAUUGUCACUCUCCUUACCGGAUUGUGUAGGGGAUGACUUCAAAAGAGCGGAAAUACCGCUCUCAACAGUUGGGUACAGGAGGGCCACAAAAAAUGGGGUGUUCGUUUCGAAGAAGAGGGCCUAGAGUUUUACAAGCUCAUCUGAUCUGAGUAGUCUCCAGAGACAUCAGUGUAAAGUCCAAACAUGUCAGCUUUGUGAUGUUUUGAUUCCCACGGGGUAUUCUAGCCCAGUUUCGGGUAUUUAGGUAGACUAUAUUCUUUAAGUUAUAAGUGCGGAAAUGCCUGAGAUCACCAUUAUGAGGAGUGUUUAUGAGCUGUAUGAAUAGGUCCUGAUUCUUGUAACUUUGUGGGUGUCCACUGAAAAGUUUACUAGUGUCGUAAGUAGUCGUGCUGGUUGCCGGUCCAUAAACUGCGUUGCUUAAUUAUACGACGUUAAGUGGUAGUUCUGUUAAUAGUGAUUUCAGUUUUCAUAAAUUUGGGAAAACACUCUAGUAAUGACAUAUUAACACCUAAGAAUAUAUGGUCAAUCACUUUUUCAGUUUUGUCUUAUGAUUUUGAGAUCAGGAUUUUCUGGAGCACUGGAUAGAUAUUUGCAUUGUAGUAAGUCGUAAGUAUUUGGGGUGAGCUUAAAUAUUUUGACUGCUCUUAGAAUCGUCACAGGCAGACUGAUUUUUAAUCUGUGAACCGCUAUGCAGAGUAACUGUCAGUAGCUUUGCUGAGCUUUUGGAGUCAGGCACACUUUCUUAAAGAGUCUCAGCUUUGGUUAAAUCACAAAAAGUAACAAAUGAUGUCGAUUCAUACGGUUUAUGGUGUGAACAGUAAUAAGUAUCUGACGGUCUGCUUGUUCAAGCCGUCUAGAUAUUUCAACAAAUUAUCCGUCUUUUGUUUGUCUCAACAGACCACUAUAUCAAUUAAUUGCACAACAUAUUCAGGUGCGUCUGUUCAAAGUCCAUGACCUUUCUCUGUAAAAGUUAUGAAGGAGCACAGUCUGAGACAUUGUGGUUGCUGGCAUCAUAUAUUGGAUAAAAUGUACAUUAUUCAUAUGUCGAUUCCUGGACUGCUAACAUCUAAUUGAUGAUUUAUCAAUAUUUAUCGUCAAGAUCGAGCAACACUUAAGAAACGGAAACUUUUUGGAAUACUUUGAGCUGAGAAUUCUAUAUUGUACCAAAAUAUAAUAUUGAAUAAAGACAAUAAUAGUAAAUUAUUAAUGGUUGGUUAUAUUUAUGUCUAUAAGUGAGAUACUAUUUAUUUAUGUCAUAACAAAGAGCUAGGUACAGGUCCGGUGUAGCUGUGAAAAGAUCAGGGUACAAUGCGGAUUGAUCAGUGUGUUUACACAUCUUCACAUCAUUCACUUUAACGAUAGAUUUGGAUCUUCUACAGGUGCAGUAAACAUAAGGGUUGAUAAUAUUUCCUUAUAUAACCUUGAAAAUUUAAAUGAAGUUAGUGUGAGUUAGGUUUGUGCUCACUAAAUGACGACCCAUAGAACAUAACUAAAUGGAUAAUAGGUAGUUGGGGAUAAAAAUAUACACAAUAUUCGUCAUCUGGCAUCGUACGUACGUUUAUGAACAAAAGGAAGUGAUCUGUGUGAAAUAUAAGGAAAUAAACGUAUGAAGUUCAAUGCCAAAUCACAAUGUCAAAAUGAUGAAAAUAGUUCCGGAUUUCGUAGACAGAAUAUUCCUCAAAAACCCUUCAUACAACUAAAUCAUACAUAUUAGAGAAUACAAUACCUCUAGUAUCUUCAGUCUGGACCAAAAAUAUUCACUAUCAUCAUAAGCAUAUAAAACACUAAACGAGUUGUUUGAGGCUUAGUUUUUUGCUCAAGUACCUUUGAGUCAUCCUUUUUUAUGAACGAUCCAAAAGUGAUAUCCCAUCUGAGUUAGUGGGAUAAAACAAGUGAGACUUUAAGGUGACAUCUAAAGACAAUUAAACAGUUUUGAAUAAGGAGCGAUUUUAUAUUUUACAACAGAAUAGUAUGUGUUGACGACUUUUCUUGUACUAUAUCUCUAUAUGCAAUCUUCCUCUUAUAUAUUACCACCUUUGACCUAACCACUGCUAUGAAUCCGGUGUUCAUCUUGUUGUGCUGAUGCGGUAUGGCAACCUGGACCGAUGCACAUAUGUGCCUGGUCCUACGUUGUAGCUGACUGACUUUAGCAGCCAAUACUCGGCAAGGAUGGGAAAAACUGAUACCCUAUGCUAGACAGUUAGACAAAUACUGACUAGUCACGAACAAAGAGGAAAAAUAUAGGAGCAAUCAUCACCAGUUCACAAUUAUUAUCAUAUUUAGGAAAAUCAUGUAUGUGAAUACGAGAACAGACUACAUAUCGGACCAAUUUAGUAGCAGUAUUAACACGGAACAUCAACAAUAUUGGUGGUAUGGACGGAGUACCAUGUAUACAAAUAAGUGGUCUAAGUUUGAGCACAAAAUUUUAUAGCAACAACUUAGGGUUCAAAUAAAAGCUUGGAACUAGUGUUGUGAUGUUUAGUAUUAAUAUACACUGACACGAUUCAUCCCAGAUUUUGACUGAACCUGAACAACUCGGACAGCAUAUUAGUAUUGAUUCGUUCUCCUUUCCCCAGUAACUGGUGUUUUCAUAGAAAAUUGUGGCCUUCCGUACACAUCCUUAUUUUUAUGUCCUUGUCAGUCAAUCAGUCAACAACAACUUAGAACUUCAUAAGUACGUACAUCAGUUAGAAUUGCCAUACUACAUUAGCACAGAGAUGCAGUCAUCAAUUCAAAUCCCGUAGUGGUAGAGGUGGUAAGAGCAUAGGCAGAAAUCGGAAAAAUUAGGGCUUGAAGAUAUUAUUCAAGGAGUAUAAUACAGUGAAAUAAAUCUGGAAAAGGAAAAAAAGGGACAUAAAGAAUACAGAAGAUUAGAAUUUGGGAGAACACAAAGAGUGGAUGCACCUGUGCCAUUACAAACGAUUUUGAGCCAUGUCAUUCAGGGUCUCUAACCAUCGGUUGCUAUCACCUCGCGGAUCCCAACCAGAAAGUCUAAACUUACCAACAUGUCUCAGUCCACUUGUCUGUGACCUCAUGGAUUUGUGCCAUGUUUUGGUCUGGCCGCCCCUAGCUUUCUUCCAACCUAUUCCUACACCACAAAACAUUGCACGUCGGGGCAGUCGGUGAUUGAGCAUACGUAACAUCUGUCCCAGCCAUCUGAACUGAUG